AUGGAUAGCCCCUGGUCUUGGUUUAUUUGUUUUGCCGCUUUUAUAUCUCUGACGUUCCAUAAUGGCAGCUACUAUAGCUUUGGACUGUUUUUUCCAUCUCUGCUGAAACAUUUCAGGCAGCCCAUUGCGAUAACUGGUAAGCGUUUGUUACAACUGGCUACAGGUUCUGAGCAGUAAACGCAGUAAACUUAAUUAAGGAGCGAAAAACACUGAUUUAUUUGAUUAUUCCGGCUCACUAUGUAAUUAUAUUAAAAGCCACCCACUACAAACAACUUGAUUUCUAUUCCACAAAUAAUACUUGUAACGCGAGCGAAGGUUAAUCCAAUAGGUGGUUCAUGAAUAUUCCUCGCUUCAAGCAAACCACGCGAAACAAUUUCCAUUCUACAAGCACUAAGAACGCGCUAAUUGUUAUAACUGUAAAGGAGAAAAGGAAGCCGUUAACCAGUGUGUGCAAUAAACAUUGGCUUGUUCUUAAAGCCAACUACGCUACUACUACACACCGUUCUAUAUGGCGUACAUUUGCGGACAAAAAUAAUUGAAAAUAAAAUACAAUUUGAAGUUCAAAAAUUAGACAAUCCAUGUCGAAAUCUCGUCAUAUGAAUUUGAAAUCGCAGUGAACGCAGUCGAAAUAGCAUCAUUCGAACUUGAAGUUACUUUGAACAAGUUGAAACUAUAAAGGGAAAACUCGACAUCGCGGAUGUUGAAGUUCAAAUCACCAUUCCAACUAAAAUGCAAAUUCACGCAUGAUUUGAACUUCAAUUCACCUUCUCCACUCUAAUAAGCUACUUAAUCGUGAACAAUGCAACCAUAAUCUUCCUCAAAAUUCCAAAUGAAACCUUUAAUUUGAACUUAAAGUCACGUCACAUAUUCGAAUUCGAAAAACCAAAGUUUCGCUACACUUUAUAUACGGGAUGUUUGCAUAACUGCAUUUUGGCGCGAAAAGAUUUCCCUCCACUCGAACUCUCUGGUCAAAUAUGGCGGACAAUGUGAAUUAUAAGGGUGACUCUAGGAUAAUUCAAGAGAUUGACAGGGCUGCAAACUUUGUUUUCUGUAAAAUUCGAACUUCGGCCUGACACGGUACCUCGUCGAUUUGGCUGAUUUUUGGCAUGUAGUCUUAGAAUGGUUUCCUAAAUACUGAAUGCUUAUUCUAAGGUUCGAAUUNCGUUAACCAGUGUGUGCAAUAAACAUUGGCUUGUUCUUAAAGCCAACUACGCUACUACUACACACCGUUCUAUAUGGCGUACAUUUGCGGACAAAAAUAAUUGAAAAUAAAAUACAAUUUGAAGUUCAAAAAUUAGACAAUCCAUGUCGAAAUCUCGUCAUAUGAAUUUGAAAUCGCAGUGAACGCAGUCGAAAUAGCAUCAUUCGAACUUGAAGUUACUUUGAACAAGUUGAAACUAUAAAGGGAAAACUCGACAUCGCGGAUGUUGAAGUUCAAAUCACCAUUCCAACUAAAAUGCAAAUUCACGCAUGAUUUGAACUUCAAUUCACCUUCUCCACUCUAAUAAGCUACUUAAUCGUGAACAAUGCAACCAUAAUCUUCCUCAAAAUUCCAAAUGAAACCUUUAAUUUGAACUUAAAGUCACGUCACAUAUUCGAAUUCGAAAAACCAAAGUUUCGCUACACUUUAUAUACGGGAUGUUUGCAUAACUGCAUUUUGGCGCGAAAAGAUUUCCCUCCACUCGAACUCUCUGGUCAAAUAUGGCGGACAAUGUGAAUUAUAAGGGUGACUCUAGGAUAAUUCAAGAGAUUGACAGGGCUGCAAACUUUGUUUUCUGUAAAAUUCGAACUUCGGCCUGACACGGUACCUCGUCGAUUUGGCUGAUUUUUGGCAUGUAGUCUUAGAAUGGUUUCCUAAAUACUGAAUGCUUAUUCUAAGGUUCGAAUUCUCUUUGGUUUCAAAGAUACAGGAAUGACAGUUUUGACGAGGCCUCGAGGGGCCGCCAUGUUAGUGAACUGAAGGACGUUUACGAUAAUUAAUUCUAGCUUUAUCAUUAACAUAACGUAAUAGUGACUCAUACAGUUGUAAAGAAUUAUCCUUCCUCCUUUCAUUUACCUACUUUUAUCCGAAAAUGGUUUAGCCUGAGCUACGAACGGCUAUAACUUCUCACAGCACUUUUACGGUACUUAAAAGGUACACAAAUUUUUUAGAAACUGGAAGGCCAAUAUUACCCAUGCCACAUCGAUUUAGAGUAAGCCGUUUUCACUAAACAUAGUUUGUUUAUAGAUAAGUUAGAUAAGUUUGUUUAUAGUUAAGUGAGUUAAUUGGGCAAAUGUAACGGAGCAGAACUACAAUUGCAUGAUUUGAACAGAUAAAGCUAGAAUUGUCCGCCAUAUUGACCACAGAGUUCGAGUGAAGGGAAAUCUUUUCGCGCCAAAAUGCAGUUAUGCAAACAUCCCGUAUGUACAGUGUAGCCAAAACUCUUACUAUUUCCGGUUCCUGUGUAUUUUUAUUUUUUUAAAGUUCUAAGUCAAAUAAUUUAGCCUAAUAAUUCAAGGAGUUCAAUUUCAAUAUUAUUCAUAAAUAUAUUCGCUGUGUCUACAAACGGUAAUAAAUUAUGCCAGACAUGCCUUCGCCUCUUUCUACAAUAUUCCCUCUCCUUUUUUCGUUCGCUCUAUUUUUCAUGCUCUCUCCUCUAUCUAAACGCCUAGAAAAGUCUAGUCUUAAAUAGAUUUAAAAAUAUUGGAAGGAUCAGUGGUUUUAAAUGAUGCUGGCCACCAAGGCCCAAUACGUUUAUGAUUUGUGCUUCUGCCUUGCUAUUCUUAUUGUAAUUGGGUUCAACAGAAGGGCGACUUUAAUUCAGACGUUUGGAUCAUAUUUAUACAUUUUCGAAAACAGCUUCAGUCUCAAAAUUUACUAGAAAUUAGGUCAUCUUAAGCUCAACGUUUGAAUCAGUCAGGUGCCAGAAUCGUGUAGCGCGGCAGACGUUGUCGAACUUGAUUGCUCUGCCCGAACCAAAUUCAAAACUUUGAUUCAGACGUCGCGCUUCUGCCGUGCUUUUGUCGAGCAGAAUAGACCCUAUAUCCACGGUUUUUUCAAAUUUUGACUAGGACCAGAAAAAAAAUGCGUCCACACAGCUAAAAAGAACGCCUUAAAAAGGGAUGUUAAGGUUGAAAGUGAUUAACGCAAAGUCACAAAGUCGUCAAAUUUUACUGAGAAUUAUAUAUCUACCUAAUAUGAAAACCGGGCUAGCAAACAUUUUCUAAUUUCUCUUAACUUCCCUUGCCUAAUAGCUUCUUUACUGAGUUGUUUGCUGAUGUCUUUUUUUGUUCAUUUUGUGGUUAGCGAUUUGUCUAGAAGUGGCUGUAGAAAGAAUUUGGAGAAUUUCUAUCUCCCGCAACCCCCACCCCAACCCCUUCACUCCCUCGCCGCUCUGUUUUUUUUUUCUCGAUCCCACGCACAAUUCUCUAUUCAACACAAGUGACAGUUAUUUGAAAUCAGUGCGAGGCUAAAGCUGUCUUCGGUGCCGUUUAGCAGUUAACAUUUCGUUAUUGGUCACCUUGAGAAAUUGAAGUUUCCCGGAAAGCAUCAUGUAAAGCUCUGAGAUGGGACAAAGUUAUUACGAUUCGCAGAGUCUGCAUUGUCUAAUAUCGUAUUGUAUUCCCGUUUCAUUUGGUUAAACGGAUCAAUCACCCUGAUCCGGGCUGAGACAGAAAGAUACGAUAUUGUUCGCUUUUCUAAGAUGACGGCUAAGUCUUUGGCCUCGGGAACAGGCUAUUGGGAGUCAAAUGAAUUAGGCGAGAGCAACAUUGCAGAUGAACUUUGACCCCGUGUGUUUUCUGGUGUGAAGACAAGGUCUAUGCUGGUCUGCCUACAGAGUGAUUGUACAUCCGGGAACUUGAAUGAGACGAGGGUAAGAGAAAGCACCCUGGCUCUACUCGAUGGGCUUCCGCCUUUUAUACAUAAAAAAUACACGGAAAUAACAUAGUUUUCUUUUAAAACGGCUUACCCACCCUAAUUCCCAGGGGUCAUUUUCAUUUUCUUUACUUUAUUUAUUUUCAAACUGUAUUCUCCGUAUUGUCUUCCAGACCUGACGUCAGCACUUACUUUCAAAUUGAAACUCCUAGGUACUCGAAAAUCAGUUGCCCCUAAAAUGGUUAAUUUUGCGCCAAAUCGAAACACAACGUAAAUGGUUGGGACUCCCUUUCCUACCCUACUGAAUUUAUUUACCCCUACCCCAGGGGAAGUACUAACUUGAUAACAAAACUUUCUAGCAUCGAUAGGUUUUCAUUUUUUUUUUUAAAUUUUAUUUCAAAAGAAGGCUUGUCUCCCAAAUUAUGCACAAAAACUGAAGUUGGAUUUUAAUCUAUCUAAUGACGAUCUCAGAAAUGCAUUUCUCUUGCCCCAUUCUAUCGCGUUUGAACCUUAUGUCAAAGCCUUUCAAUUUAAAAUACUUAAUUCUAUACUUUUUACCAACUCAAAGUUGUUCAAGAUUGGGUACAGGACAGACAACUUGUGCUCUUUUUGCAAAAGGGAAUCAGAAACUAUUAGACAUUUCUUUUGGGAUUGCCCUUAUUCGAAUUCAUUCUGGAAAUGUGUUGGAUCAUAUUAUUUUGGGUUGCGAAUACAACUAGUUCAACAUUAAAGGAAAUUUGGAUCGGCUUUUUAUCUUCUGAAUGCCCCUUGCUUAAUUAUCCUAUACUUAUAGGGAAAAUAUUUAUGGAGUUGCAGAAGGAAUGAACUACUCCCAACCAUAAACAGUUUUAUAGUUAGAAUAAACGGUAAAUAUGAAAUAGAAAAAUAUAUUUUCACUAAGAAUAAGAAUUUACAAAAAUUAAUGGACAAAUAGACUUGGUAAUCUAGGUAGUUUUUCUUCUUUUGAAAAAAUGAUUAGUUUCUUCUUUUUUGAAUAGCACUUGUAAAUAACAGUAGGCAUUACCUUGUGUGUAAUUGUGGAAUUGCACGUGUGCUUAGGUGUGUAGUAAGUUUGUGCAUGUAUGCUUUGUGUUAAUAAUUGUAAUCGUUGUAAUUGUUGUACUUUGGAAUAGCAAAUGAGAUAGGUUUUCAUUUGCUUUAGCUAUGGGGCUUCGCUGUGAGUGCGCGGACGCUCCGAAAUAAGAAUUAAGGCCGGCACAGCAGAAGCACGACGUAUGAACUAGGUCUUUAAUUUUCGUGAGGUUAAGGAGCAUUUGAAGUUACUUGACUCACAGGUACGGAUUCCGCUAGGACUUCAUGCCUGACAGCAUUUCUUACUUUUUUCCACUCUUUUUUUAAACAGAAAGACUCAUGUUAAUCCCCUAGAAGUAUUUUACCUCUUAACGAACUACCCAGCGAUACUGACCGAGUAGGCUAGUGUGCAGUGGAAAUAAUGUAGAAAUUGUAUAAAAACGGCUGGCCAGAUCGUAGAAAAACGGUGAGUUUUUCCAUAGAAAUUUUAGUAAACGUUCGGAAUCUAGAACAUGUAGUCUUAACGAGAUCUACGCCAGUGAGUCAAACCACAGUGACCAUGUUAGUCUCACGAAUGAGGUCAGCUUUAUCGUAAAACAGGGCGCAACUAACCCAUUAAACAGUUCAUUCUCCACAGUCUUUAAGGCACUAACCACUCGCCAGGAUUUUUGGACCAUUUGAUAAUUAACCAGCCUAAUACAACGUUUCGGAUUUAGUGGGUGACUUAUAACCUGGUGCAAAUUUUGCGCAAGCUCGUUCUUAGCAAGCCUUUUACUGGCUGUUUAACAUCGUUGAAGUAAUCAGAGCUCUGAUUAUUGACGUUACUUCUGUUUUGAUAUUUUUUAGCUUGGAUCGGUUCACUCUACAUGUCACUCCCGUGGAUUUUUGGACCAUUGGUAACCCGCCUGAUAAAACGUUUCGGAUUUAGAAUCACAGCCAUUGGUGGCUGUCUUAUAAUCUCGAUCAGCUUUUGUGUAAGCUCGUUUGUGGACAAUUUUUGGUUUUUCCUGGUUUUAUUCUCUGUAACUGGAGGACUGGGUUCAGCAAUGUCCUACCACUGCAGUGUUCUAGUUGUUCUGAGGCACUUUGUGAAGUGGCGUUCUCUUGCGGUUGGAAUAACAGCCUCGUCAUCAAGUGUAGGCAUGUUCGUCGUGACACAACUCACAGAGGUUCUCAUUUCAAAUUAUGGAUUUAAAAAUGCUCUUAGAGGGUGGGCCAUCUUGUUUUUCUUGGCAACCCCACUGGCGUUCUCUUACGACGCAAAAUCGGAUGUUACCGCAGGUAACGUCAAAAGAAUUGAAGAAGGAUCCGAAAAAAAUGUCGAGGUCAUUCCUGCACCAAGCCUUUUAAGAAAUGGACAUUUCAUCAUCUAUCUUGUCUCCGUUACUCCGGUGUUCUUUGUCGUGUUUACGCUGUCAAUUUUCCUAGUGAAAUGUGAUUUAACUUUAUUGAAUAUUUUUUAUACAAAUAACACAAUCACCUAGAAUAUGGUUCUUGGUUCCCACCCCGCAAUAUAAAGGGGACUGCAGGAACUCAAGGAAUACUUACUCGAGGAGUAAGAGAUAAUUGCCGGCGUCAUAUCCCUGUAAGAUUUGUAAUAAUUGCCCUAAUAUUCUCUAACCCUUUUACCCUUACAUCACGGCUGAAAAAUUUUUAUAAAACUGAAACGUUAAGGCUACUUAAGUUAGAAAACAUUUUUGUUACCAGAGAAGUUUGGCGCUUAGGGUUGGAAGGAGUGGGAAUAAGCCAAGCCCUAACGUACAUUGACUAUAUUGACCACUAUUGCUAGGUCAAUAUCUGAGAUUUCGGCCUGUAACGACCUCACUCUUGGUUAGUAAGUGGUAUAUAAUCGCCAGUUACUGAAAUAUUUGGUUGUUUUUGCCCUUGUAGUUGAAAUUUUGUGAAAGUGAACUUGGCAUUUCGUCAGAACGAGGCUCCAUGCUAUACACCUACAUGGCGAUCUCUUACUUCUUUGGCAACCACUUGUUCUGCAAGCUAAGUGAAUUCAAAUUCAUCAACAUCUUUGAUCUUUAUCAAUUUUCAACGACAUGUCUCGGCGUCUGCUUGUUUCUGUUACCCGUGGCAACAUCUUACAAAUUUGUGGUGGUGUUAUCUGUUAUGUUUGGUCUCGUCUCAUGGAUGGUGGACGAUACGGCUUAA